UUACAAAAUUCAAAUCCGGUGGAAAAAUCGUGCCUGCAAUCUCCGGAGCCGGUUCAGGAUGACCCUCUCGAAAAACGCCGAAAAGAAGCUGGCCAAAAAGAUCAAACGGUGCCAGCUGAUGAUCGCCGCCGAAACGGGACUGGAGUUUACCGGGGAGAUUUCGACUGAGAACGUGGUCAUCUGCAACGCCGGCCUGUCCACGGGGCUGCAGCAGGAGGUUCUGCUGGAGCAGGUAUUGAGUUACGGCGUUUCGCCGGAGGAUGUCGUUCUUCCGGCGGGGAAGUCGUUCUGCUAUCUUCGCUUCCGGACGGUGCAGGACGCGCGGGAGGUUUGUACGCAGAUGAACGGACUUGCUCCGCUGGGACAGGACGGGAGUGUCCUGUUGAUGGCGUUUUGUAAGGAGUUUAAGGAAGGGUUGAGGGACGAGACGGAUGUUGAGAGAGUUCCGCCGGGGUUGAUUUUGUUGGAAGACUUUGUGGACGAGGGGAUGGAGAGGGCGCUUUUGGGGUUGGUAGAUUGGGAGGAGGAGGACGAAAGUAAUGGGAGUUUGAAACAUCGAAAGGUUAAGCACUUUGGUUAUGAAUUUUUGUAUGGAAGUAACAACGUCGAUAAGAAUAAUCCUUUGGACAGAAAGAUCCCGGAAAUUUGCAACGAACUGUGGGAGAAAUUAAAACGACUUUACCCUGAAUUAAGUUGGCACGUUCCGGAGCAGUUAACGGUCAAUCGGUACGAACCCGGACAGGGAAUUCCUCCCCACGUGGACACACACAGCGCCUUUGAAGAUCCAAUUAUUUCCUUAUCGAUAGGAAGUUCCGUAGCGAUGGACUUCCGGGGCGCAAAGGGAACCCACCUCAGUGUGGACCUCCCGCAGCGAUCGCUGCUGAUCAUGUCCGGCGAGAGCCGGUACGGCUGGACGCACGGUAUUACUCCCCGAAAGAUGGACACCGUCAGGUUGAACAACAGUUUGACUGUUCGCAAGCGAGAACUCCGCGUUUCCUUCACCUUCCGGAAGCUUCACGACGGACCAUGUCGCUGCCAGUUCCCGACCCUCUGCGACACGUUUCAAUCGGAGUCCCAAGAUCGAGCUGACCGGCUAAAAGAAAAAGCCGCCGAAUUAGAGCUGGAAAACGUUCACAAAGUGUACGACGAAAUAGCAAAGCAUUUCAGCGAAACUCGUCACUCGCCGUGGCCUCGCGUAGAAUCGUUCAUCAAAUCGCUUCCCGCCGGUUCCGUUCUCCUUGAUGUCGGCUGUGGCAACGGCAAGUACCUCGGCCUCCGCCCGGACAUCAUCCCCAUCGGCUGUGAUCGCAGCGCGGAACUCCUCAAACUCUGCCUAGAACGUGGCCACAAAGUGGCCCAAUGCGAUUGUCUCGCCCUCCCCUUCCCAACCGCCUCCGCCGACGCCUGCAUCAGCAUCGCCGUCGUGCACCACCUAGCCACGGAGGAACGCCGCCGGCAGGCCCUCUCCGAGAUGGCGCGAGUGCUGCGCCCUGGCGGACGCUCCCUCGUCUACGUUUGGGCCAAGAACCAGGAAGCGAACGCGAAAAAGUCCAGCUAUCUGAGGCAGAACAAGCACAACAAUCGACCGGAGAAGGAGGAUCGGGUGAAGGUGGCGGAACAUUACGACGGAUUGCUGCCGGUGCACACCAACAGGACACAGUUUCAGCACCAGGAUCUGCUGGUGCCGUGGAAGUUGCGCGAUGUGGAGCGGAACGAGCAGAAGGCGAAGGUGACUUUUUUGCGGUACUACCACGUGUUUGAGGAGGGGGAGCUGGCGAAGAUUUGCGAGAGUAUCGUCGGCGUGACGGUGGUGGAGAGUUACUACGACCAGGGCAACUGGUGCGUUGAGUUUAGGAAGGAAUGAAGGUUUUUGUUGAGCGAUUAAGAAGCGUGUCGUCAUUGCAUCCGAAACGUCCCUUAACGAAAGAUGAGUAAAAUCAUGUUCAUCAUUUCAUGGAAAUUUCAAGGAUCGAGAGCAAAAACUUAUGUACCUAUUUAUCUUCAAUCAACUAUAAGUUUUUCUCACUAAAUUUUACCGUGAUUUCAAUAAAACAUCUUUUUUCAAGCUCUGCUUUGUUAAGUCA